GCUUCCACGGGGCGAUGAUGUGACGGCAGGAACCCGGGACCAUGGGGUCGCGGAUCAGGGAAAACCCCCAGAAGAUCUUUGACCUGUUCGUUGAAGCUGCCUGCCCCACAUCGGCCGAUUAUGAUUCCCAAGUGCUCCGGCAGUUCCCUCAAGAGUUCGAUGACCAGGAAUCCAUUCAGAUGCUGCCCAAGUUUUGCUUCCCUUUUGAUGUCGAAAGGGUUAAGGAGAGCCCCGCAGUCCAGCAUUUCACUUUUGCACUCACCGACCUGGAAGGGAAGCAACGUUUCGGCUUCUGCCGGCUGGCCAAAGACUUCCGCACCUGCCUCUGCAUCCUCAGCUACUUGCCUUGGUUUGAAGUUUUCUACAAGAUCCUGAACAACAUUGCUGACCACUUAGCCAAAGAGCAGUUCACCGAGCUGGAUGAAUUCCUGUCCAUGCUGUAUCUCCACACUGUGCCGAAAUUCAACAGCCCCGUCAGCCUUGAAUUUGACCCAAAGGUGACCAAAUUGAAAAUUACCACCGGGAAGGAUCUGAACCCACAACACCAAGACUGGAGCCAGGAUCUGCACCCGGGGUCAGUGUCGGCUUCGUAUUUCAUCGGCCCAGAUCACAGCAAACUGCCCACCAUCCCAGAAAGUAGGAACCUGACCGAGUUCGUUGUGGCCGUGGAUGUGAACAACAUGCUGUGGCUCUACGCCAGCCUGCUGCAGGAGAGACGGAUCCUGUUGACCACCAGCAAGCUCAGCACACUCACAGCCUGUGUCCAGGCCGCAACGGCCAUGCUGUAUCCCAUGCACUGGCAACACAUCUACAUCCCUGCUCUGCCUGCCCACCUCCUGGACUACUGCUGUGCUCCUAUGCCCUACCUCAUUGGAGUCCACACCAGCCUCAUGGAGAAGGUGAGGUGCAAGGCUCUGGAAGAUGUUGUCAUCCUGAACAUCGACAGCAACACUUUGGAAUCGCCCUUCCAGGACCUAGAUGACCUCCCGAGUGAUGUGAUCUCCUUCUUGAAGUACCAGUUGAAGAAACAGUCUGCGACGACCGGGGAUGGGGUCGCCCGAACCUUCCUCCGGGCUCAGGCCCUGCUGUUUGGCGGUUACCGCCAGGCCCUCCUUUACGAACCGGGACAGCCCGUCUCCUUCUGUCAAGAGACCUUCCUGAAACACGGGUCCAGCUCCACGCAGCCUUUUCUCCAGAGGGCCACCCACCUUCAGCUCUUCAAGCAGUUCAUCGAUGACCGCUUGGAGAAGCUGAACGCAGGAGAGGAGUUCAGUGACCUCUUUGAGCAGGAGAUCAGCAGGAGCCUGUCCCCAGGUAACAUACACUCUUAUCAUCUGUGGGUGAAGAACCUGAAGAAAGGUGGAGGAGCCCUGAUCAAUACCGUGAAAAACAAGGCCAAUCCUGCUGUCCGGAGCGCGUAUCAAUACGCCAAGGUCCAGGCUAAAAUGGGGCUGAAGAAUAUGCGGAGCCACCGGCUGGAAAAGGACUCCAGUAUGGACCAGCCUCAGCUGGGAGACGGUUCCCUGCAGAUCUCAAGCCCCAUCCAGGCGACCAGGAACAGCCAGUUGGAGAGCUUGCAGAGCCGGCUGCCCAUCACUCAGCACUUUGGGAAAUCUCGUCCUCGGAGGCCGCAAAGACAGAACAGUUCCUCAGAACUGCAGGCGCACAGCACAGCUCCCCCGGAUUCCACCUUGGAGCCUGAUGCCUUCCCUGUUGGAGGUGAAGAUCUAGACGAGGAAUUCCUUGAUCCAGGGGGGAUUGACCUCUUAGGAGAGAUCUUUGAGACGCUCAGCUUCCUAGAACCCAGCCGAGCGGGGCGGCCUCUUUAUGGAACACGCAGCUUGGACUUCUCUAGCUUGGAGGACAGAAACUUCUAUGCUCAGCUGGGACCCAGCGAGGAGACCCUGCACGAAAGUCUGUCCGAGGAGCAGGAUGAUGGAAGCUCAUCGCUCGAGGACGGCGUGCCCCUGGCCUCUUUGGAAGAAGAGAACACGCCGGGUGCUUCGCUGCCAUCUACCCCAACGACACCCAGAGGCUGCAGCAUUCAUGAGACCUCAGGCAGUCCUGGCCUUGAGAACGAACCUCUUGCCUUGCAGGAAGAAGCAGAGAAAGCUGUUGAUUCUGCACCGUCCCAGGAUCCACGGAUCCACAUUGCCAAUCUCAAGGCUUCUGCUACGAGUGACAACGAAAUGGAGUUCUACACAGGGGAGCAGGAGGCUGUACAGCCAUCUGGGGUGGACCCGACGCUUGCUGCCCCAGCAGCAGCCACCCCCCUCCAGAAGGCAGAGCCGCCAGCCCUCAGGGGCUCCGAUGUUCCACCACUUGGGGCAUCAUUGGAGGCAAAAUGCACCACGAGCCCGGGGUGUACAGCACAAGAGUCUGCCUUAUCAGCUAGACGGGUCACCAGCCCUCCCCGUCACCCUUUGGUUACCCGGACUUUGACCCAAGCCAGGGUGUCGGAACUGAAGAAGAGAUUCGAGGCCUAG